GCCUGCUGGGGGCGCCGGACCAAGUUGUUCGCCUCACCAUCACCAACCUACAGACGGGAUCGUCGGGUUGCCGCAGGGGAGGUGAACCGGCAGACCAAGGCGUUUGCGCUGCCUGGCCGGCGCCGCCACCCACAUGUCCCUGUCGGUGUCCGAGUGGCCGUGGGCCAACGUGGAGCUGCCGCUGGCGUGCGUCUGUUCCCAGGACGACAUUCCCCUGACGGAGGUGUCCCACGGGCCAGACCUCACCCUCAACAUGACCAUCCGCGGCAUGCUCACCCACGAGGACUACACGCACUACUCCUUCAACGCCACCUACGAGUUCCUGCAGGCGCCGGGGUGCAUCGGAGCCACCAGGGUGCUGAAGGGCGCCGCAGGUGAGGUGGUGGCCUCCUCCUCCUCCUCAGACACCAAGACCAAGUGCGAGGGCUUCCCGUGGCUGCUCAAGACGCCGCCCAAACACGCGCUCUUCCUCACGCUGCCCCGGGCCAGCCUGGACAACGGCACCUGCGCCUCCGACACUAGGCUGUUUUUUCACGUGCCCGGCCAGGCAGACCCGGUGCUGGGCGUGUGUCCCGCGGCAGACCCCGCCGCUACCAUCACCUUCUUCUGGCCGCCUCAGUUACUGGGGCAGCGUGCCAUCAGCCAGGCGGCUCCUGCUGCUGAAGACACAGACUCAGCAGUGCAGAAGGGGGAGGGUGAGGUAGAGGAAAAGUCCUACACACAGGAGCUGGACCUGCGGGAACCCAGCGGUCACGGGUCCUCGUUGGUGGUGGCGUGGCAGCCGCGCAGCGCCUCACAGCUUCGCCUGCGCUGGCUCACCACCUGGAUCCCUGAGGAGAGCGAGGGCGUGGGCUACUUCCAUUACAUCCACGCCGAGGGCCCCGGGGGAUGGCGGGACGAGCACAGUCAGCUCAACUGCAAGGAGCUAUGCCCGGAACUGCACGCCUGCAUCCCCGCUGAGCUGUGGUGUGACGGCAAGCAGCACUGCCCGCAAGGUAGUGACGAGACCGUGGCCAACUGCCUGCUGGAGCGCAUCCCGUGGCUGUACCUCACCAUCGCAGGCCUCACGCUGCUCACUCUGCUCUCCAUCACUGUGUCCGCCGUGAACCGCCACCGCCAGCAGAAGGCCAAGAAACGGCAGCAGGACGCCAGGCGGGUGUCCACGCAGGAGUCGAUCCUCCCGCCGAAGGAGAAAAGCUUAAGUGCCUAUGCCCUCGACUACACCGACAUGGACUUUGAAACGACCGUCUGAGGUGCUCGUUGCUGUCUUAACUCUCCCUCUCCCUCUCUCUCUCUCUCUCUCUCUCUCUCUCACUCUCUUUCUCUCU